UUUCACAUACACCAACUUCCACUCACAUGUAAACAUCAUUUUCCAAGCAAAAGUGCUGUGCGUAAAGGAUUGCCAAUCUAGCCAUCGUCAACUUUGCAUGCGCGCGUAAAUUGUAUGAGCAAUCGACCGUCACACUGUGUGGAGCCGAGUGACAACGGUUUAUAGGACUUCAGCGAAAAGCAACCGCAAACCAGCCACUGCAGCGUCACGCGACUGCAAAUCUUAUUGAGUCCCCUCUCUUGUCAAACAUAUCUAGUAGGAGCAGCGGCCCGCCUUUUCUGCUUACAUCUCGGUCUAGUUCAGGCUUCACACUUCAGCGAGGAUGACUACGGAGGACGAUGUUUAAUCUAUGUUUAAUAUUUGUAUGAUACAAAGUACAUCUACAGCUCCGCGGAUCUAUGCCAGACACUUUCUACUCAAUGCAAUGAUGACUCCAUGGAAUACUCUCCUGUAUACUGCAGUGACUGCUUGCUUAUUGGAGGUAUCCCUCCAAGGGGAGCACCAACGGAGGCUGUACAAAGAUCUGAUGGCCAACUACAAACCACUGGAGAGACCCGUGUUCAAUGACACCCACUCCCUCACAGUCAAAUUCAGCUUUAGUUUGAUGCAGAUAAUGGACGUGGAUGAGAAGAACCAAGUUUUAACAACCAACAUAUGGUUGCAGCUGUACUGGAAUGAUUAUUACCUGCAGUGGAAUCAGUCUGACUACCCUGGGGUGACCAAAGUGAGAUUCCCCGAUAGCCAAAUCUGGAAGCCAGAUAUCCUGCUGUAUAACAGUGCUGACGAGAGAUUUGAUGCCACCUUCCAUACCAAUGUGUUGGUCAACUCCUCUGGUUACUGCUCCUACUUGCCUCCAGGGAUUUUCAAAAGCACCUGCUACAUUGAUGUGCGCUGGUUCCCCUUUGAUGUCCAGAGAUGUGACCUGAAGUUUGGCUCCUGGACCUAUGGGGGCUGGUCUCUGGACCUACAAAUGGUCGAGGCAGAUAUCACAGGAUACAUCGCCAAUGGAGAGUGGGACCUAGUUGAGGUACCCGGGCGCAGGAACGAGCGCUUCUACGACUGCUGCAAGGAGCCUUACCCGGACGUGACCUUCACGGUGGUGAUGCGCCGGCGAACCCUCUACUACGGCCUCAACCUGCUCAUCCCCUGCGUCCUCAUCUCCACCCUGGCCCUGCUCGUCUUCCUGCUGCCCGCCGACUCCGGGGAGAAGAUCUCACUGGGUAUAACGGUGCUGUUGUCACUGACCGUUUUCAUGCUGCUGGUUGCAGAGAUCAUGCCUGCCACCUCAGAUUCAGUGCCUUUAAUCGCUGAGUACUUUGCCACUACCAUGGUCAUUGUGGGUCUCUCUGUGAUUGCAACUGUGCUUGUCUUGCAAUACCACCAUCAUGAUCCCGAUGGAAGCAAGAUGCCUAAGUGGACUCGGGUGAUCCUGCUCAACUGGUGCGCCUGGUUCCUGCGGAUGAAGCGGCCUGGCGAGGAGCGAGUGCGCCCGGCCUGCCACAACAAGCAUCCCCGCGGUAGCCUCUGCAGCAUGGACGUCAGUGCCAGCGCCACGGCUCCGCACACCACCAACGGCAACAUGCUCUACAUCGGCUUCCGCGGCCUAGAAAGCAUGCACUAUGCCGCGGCCGCUACCUCCCCUGACUCCGGGGUCCUGUGCAGCCGUCUGGGUGGGUGCGGGGGGGAGGAUGAGGUGCUCUUACCCACGGGGCCCACAUCCUCCGUGGGUAGCCUGGAGCCCGAUCUCGCCAAGAUCCUGGACGAGGUGCGCUACAUUGCCAAGCGCUUCCGCGACCAAGACGAGGAUGAGUCGGUGUGCAACGAGUGGAAGUUUGCGGCGUCAGUCAUUGACCGGCUCUGUCUCAUGGCGUUCUCACUCUUCACCAUCCUUUGCACCAUUGGCAUCCUCAUGUCGGCACCUAAUUUUGUGGAGGCCAUAUCCAAAGACUUCUUUAACUGAGAGCCAGACAUGUAUCCAUUCUUUAAUAAUGAGAAAUGCAUUUCAUGGUUUCCCGAAUUCAGUGGUUUUGUAAUCACACCACUAGACACAGAUUAUUUAUAUCAAAUUGUUGAAUCCUUGUCUGUGAUAUAAACAUUUAAUGCUUUACUUAAUUGCCAGGCCUUGGAUAACUUUAUAAAUAUUUAGGUUACAUCCAUUAAAUCAAAUAAUUUUUUAAUGCGCUUGGGUAAUAACUCAUUACAACAUUCUGUAAACAUUUUCCAUCAUUUGGUGUGAAGGACAAUGAAAUGAUACCUUUGCUUCAAUUGUCAUUGGUAGUUUUUGGUGUAUAGUUUUCUAUUAUUUCACAAAUAUACAUUGACAAUAUGACA